AUGGGGCACAUAUCCAGAUGCUCGCCGAGUCAGAAGAUAUUUCUGGAUCUUUCGGAUGAUUUGGGAUCACGGACGAUUUCGCAGGAUGUCUCUGCUGUCACAGGAAAGCCCCAAGCUGUGGCACGAGCCGCACUCAAUGCUGUUGGCGGCAAUCAGCAUGAGGCCUGUGCAUUGUUGAUGUCUGGAAUGUCUGUGGCAAUCACCGAUGGCCCCUGUGAAGUGGCUAGCCUCGAGCUUGGCUGUCCGGCCUGGAUUGGAGGUGAAGGAGUCAUAUCCUCCGUGGGCUCAUUUGCGGGAUCCUUCAUUCUGCGUUUCCCGCGCUGCUGCCGUGACCGAGUAGAUCUCCUCAGCUUGGAGACAAUUGAAGUCUUCAUCAUCGCAGCUUCUGAUGCACUGCAGGGUCCAGGUUGGGCUAGGGACGAUGAGCUUUGCAGCCCAGAGAUCAGCGCAGCAGAGACUCUGGUCAAAUCUUGCCUACAACGCAGAACCUUCAAGCCCGGACCCGUGAGUUUUUGCUUGGAGCAUGUCGAGUUGAUCCUCAUCCAGGUGGUGAAGAGAAGUGGCUCCCGGCCUCCACGCAACAGCCAUGAAUCGCCACUGGCCACUUUUCAGACGGACACCUGCCGUGUGCCGUCCGCGGAAUCCCGAACAUCUGGGAGUAUAGCAGCUGCAGACCUUCAGUGGAUGGGUGAUGUCGGUGCUGGAGCCUUUGGUUCUGUGCACGUGGCACGCACAAAUACAGGGACAACGGUUGCUGUGAAGCGCAUUCUGGUGCAAAGUGGCCAGGAAAUGCGUGAAGUGCAGAUGCUGCAGAAGGCAUCCCAUCCCAACAUCGUCAAGUUCAUGGACUGGCUUAGCUGGAAAACCCCUGAAGGCAAUGCUGUGCUCAUUGUCAUGGAGUUUUUGCCUGAGAACUUGCACGUCAGAAUCAAUGGCCACCCCUUAUCUGCCUGGCACGUUCGCCAUUUCAGCACCCAGCUGCUCACUGCAGCUGCGCAUUUGGAUAAAUUGCGGAUCUGUCAUCGUGAUCUGAAGCCUGAGAACAUCCUCCUCAGCCAAGAUGAUGUACUCAAAAUUUGCGACUUCGGCUCUGCUAAGUUUUUAGGCCAAGGGCCUUCCAGCAGCUAUAUCUGUUCUCGGUGGUGGCGAGCACCCGAAUUAAUCCUCGGCGCGAGCGAUUACACAACAAGUAUUGACUGGUGGUCAUGCGGUUGCAUAAUCGCCGAAAUGAUGUCUGGACAGCCUCUAUUUACAGGUGAUUCCAGCUGGGGUCAGAUGUACGCCAUUGUUCGAAUCCUUGGAACACCAACCCAACGUGAAAUGCAAAGCUUGAUGCCAGAGCAGGGUGGGCAACGUCUGGCUCAACAUUUCGCAAGCCUUGUGAAGCUUCGGCGUUGCGGCAGGCCCUGGGCGGAGCUCCUUCCAGCCUUUGCUCAUCUACCUGGCAGCCUAGCAAUUCCGCGCAAGCUGCUGGCAUACUGCCCAAAGGAUCGUUGCCACCCGGCCGCUUUACUCUCAGCACCCUUCUUGUCUCGAAGCAGAGAGAUGGUGUCGAAAAUAUCGAAACCCGAUGCAGCACAGCGAGUGCCACGACCCAAGCGGAGGCACCAGGUUAUUGCUGUCGAUUCUGUGGAGCCCAGAAAUCCUAAACGACAGUGCUUCCUAGUGUCCGCUUGA